AUGUUCAGCAAUCCAUUGCUACUCUGGCUUUUGCACCUUCUUCCAGUCGGUGCAAGUCCGAUUAAUGCAGCAUUCAAUUUGACGUUGUCUGCAUUGUCGCCGCCGGGCCUGCUCAACCUCAAGGAUCGCGCCCUCCCAACCGGCACAUGCAACGCGCAGACUCCUUGUGAGAAUGCGGCCUGCUGUGGAGGGAAUAACAACAAUCUCUGUGGCUACUCCCCGGGCGAAUGCGGGACGGGAAACUGCACAUCCAACUGCGACGCCAAAGCCGAAUGCGGCCAGUAUGGCAAGGAGGGAAAGCAGCAAUGUCCGCUCGGCGUGUGCUGUUCUCAAUUUGGAUUCUGCGGCUCGACUUCUGAAUUUUGCGACAAGGGCUGCCAGUCGGACUUUGGUGGCUGUGGAGACGUGAAGAGGCCGUCAUGCUCGGGCAAUUCUAUCGGCAAGCGCACUGUUGGCUACUAUGAGGCAUGGAGUAACACGCGCAAGUGCCAGAGCGUGUCCCCCGAAGACCUGAACCUCAACGGGUUUACACACAUCAACUUUGCCUUUGCAUUUUUCGAUCCCGCCUCGUUUGCCAUCGCGCCCAUGGACGGCAAGACAGGGGAGCUGUACAGCCGUUUUACCGCUCUCAAGGACAAGUACUCGGGCCUCGAGACCUGGAUCUCGGUGGGAGGAUGGUCAUUUACUGAUCCGGGCCCGACACGUACAGCAUUCAGUGACAUGACGAGCAAGGCCUCGAAUCGCAAAGCCUUUAUCCAGGGUCUGAUCUCCUUUAUGGAGCACUACGGCUUUACUGGGGUGGACCUCGACUGGGAGUAUCCGCAAGCAGAUGACCGCGGCGGUGUGACUGCCGACACGGCAAACUAUGUGUCCUUGGUCAAGGAGCUGAGGGAGGCAUUUGGGACCCGGUAUGGAAUCUCAAUGACGCUACCUACCUCCUAUUGGUACCUCCAGCACUUUGAUUUGGCCAACAUCCAGCCACACAUUGACUGGUUUAGUCUCAUGGCCUAUGACUUGCAUGGCACCUGGGAUGCUCAGUCCAAAUUCGUUGGCCCAUACUUGGCGCCUCAUACCAAUGUGACAGAGAUUGACCUGGGCCUGGAUCUUCUCUGGCGCGCCGGUGUUAAGCCCGAGAAGGUUAUUCUUGGAAUGGGGUGGUACGGACGAAGCUUCACGCUUGUCGAUGGCUCCUGCAACGAGCCCAAUGGUGUAUGCCAGUUUAAUGGCGGUGCAGAGGCCGGAGAAUGUUCCAACGCUAGCGGCAUCCUGGACCUUCAAGAGAUUGAGGACAUUAUCAGCUAUAACGACCUCAAGCCGGUUUGGGAUAAGAAGGCUGCCGUGAAGUGGAUCACAUGGAACGACAACCAGUGGGUGUCGUACGAUGAUGAAGACACCUUUGAUCAGAAGCGCAAGUUUGCAAACUCGAGAUGUCUCGGCGGGACUAUGGUUUGGGCCAUCGACCAGCGUGACCAGGGCGCUGAUAACGGACUGGCUCCAGCACCCGGCAUUACUACAGGAGACCAGCAAGACGCAAAGCAGAUGAGUGAUGACCUGGCCGCCGGUGUAACGUGUUAUUCGACUGGAUGCGGCGAGAGUUGCAAAGAGGGGACCAACGAGGUCGCCCAAAUGAACGGUCAGCCGGGAAUGUUGUCUGCAAAAGAUAGAUGCCCGGCAAAUAAGUAUCGGUCACUGUGCUGUCAAGAUGGGACUACUAUGGGAACUUGCCAGUGGCGCGGCUAUCGAGGCGUCGGCUUGUCAUGUAUGGGCGGUUGCGACGAUGGCGAGACCGAGGUUGUGCAGGACACAAACCAUCGUGAUAAAAAGGGCGAUCAGACAUGCACGGGCGGCAUACAGUCGUACUGCUGCAAGGACUUCAGGCCGGCGCCCACCAAGGAAGAACUCGCAGACAGAGCAAAGGAAGCCGCAGAGGAAGCCGCCGAGGCCGCAGCCGAACAGGCAGCCCUGGAUAUUGCGGCCAAGGUGUUUUGCAGGGUAGCCGUACCCGCCCUACUCGCACCCCUCGAGUUGAUUGAGGCAGCUAUACCCAUCAUCGGGGAGAUCCUCGAUAUUGCCGAAAUUGCGGCGACUCCGGCACUAAUUCAGCUCUGCGUCAAGGGCGUGGAGAAAGAGGGUAAAGCCGUCUUCAAGGUAUUUGGAAAGGAGCACUCCAUCACAUGGGACAAGCCCUCCAAGAAAGCAGACCGUCCCCCAAAAACAAACUCCAAACCGAAUACAUCGUCGUGUCCCGCCAACGCCAAGCGUGCCGACAAUGCUGGGGGCUGUAGGAAACGAAAGCGCACCGUUUCCAUGACAAAGGUCACAACAGAGAUUGCGAUGGCACCCCACGACAUGGGAGUCAUCAAUUGCAACCAAUGGGCCCAGCCAUGCCUCAACUACCGCUCCAUCAUCAAUCACUACCAGCAAUACGAGACCAUUACAUGCCCCUAUAAGCGAGGUGGCAAGGACCGGCCGGUCGUCGCGCAAUUCAACAGAGAGCGGAACACGAUGGCCUGGGAUGGCAUUAUCGGGGUAGCCGACACGUGCUCGCCCGAUGAGUUCCCACCCGCGGUGUUGGCUCCCUUCAACGACGGCUACGGGGAUCUCACCAGCAUGGCCGACAAAUGGCCCGCGGCAAGGGCCAAGAUGUCAGCACGGCCGCCGACCGUGGCCGGUCAGAUGGUGCGCUACAUCAACUCCAAGUCCAACUCGGCCGCCGGUAAGAUCUUUGACAAGUGCCGCAACGUCCCGGCGUACGAGGUGGGACACACGGCUACCUCGGAGCAAGACCCCGGCGGCGAUAACCCACCGACGGAAUGGCACUUUUCCCAGAUAACCUAUCACCGCUCGGCCUUCACCCUGAACUUUGCUGGCCUCAACAUCCCGGCCGACGAUGGUAUCCCCGACAAUGAGUGCGUGCCCACGGUCAACGGGAGGAGAAGGCCGGGCUACGCGCUUCUGAACGGCGACCAGUGGUUUGGCGCCAACCAAGCCGAGGCUCAAGUCACGCAGUACUGGCCCGGCGGCCCUGCCGCGUUUCCUGCCAAUGCAAAGCGGGAGUGGGACGAGCAGGUGGGAUUGAUUGUCGUGGGCCUCAAUGACACGCGGCGUGCCAGUCCGGAGGAGCUGCGUGAUCUGCUUGGGUUCGAAGAAUGCCAGGAUGACGCGUGCUCGCGAGAGAUAGAAGCUCUUAGAGCAUUAGCCCGGUCCGUGAGUCCUGCCAGUGGUGGUGAGAAUGAGCUUCCGCAUGUGUCGUUGGCGGAGCCGACACCGCGCUCCGAUUGUGGACUAUUCUACAAUGUGGAGGCCUUUCUGGAACGCCUGACUCAAACGAGGCUGGCUGGCCUAUGCGAGAAUCCGACCGGCUACGGUGCUAUUGCCUGCGACAAUCUGCCUACCUGCGAGUUCUACUGGGCGGUGGCCGUUGCGCUGUUCCUGUGGUACGCUCCAGACGUUUUGAUAUGGGCGUGUGAUACCUACGUCCACUUGAGCCGCCGUUCUCAUCGUCCAGCCUAA